CGAUCUCGUCCACCGAGUUACACGGCGCUUUCCCUGCUUUGCGCAGCUUAGCUAUAGAUCCUUACUCCAUGUCCACUGCUCCAGGUCCUUCUGACUUUGUCCAGUCGCCCACACAUGUCCACCCGGUCGCAAUCCGCGGGGACAGGCAAGUCGUAUUCGCAUACUCGUGUCUGUUCAACCCAAACUUGGAUGCGAACAAUCGAGUCGUACAUGCGAUGCCGACGACUGGGCUAGAGGGGCUGGGGGGUAUGAAUCCUGUCAGGUUCAAGAGUCUUUGUCUGCCUGCAGUCAUCGUGCUUCGUCCUCCCCCUCAGGCUCAGAGGGAGAUGAUUAGCCAAGUUGAGUUUCUGCAGCUGGAUGAUAUGCCGGGAACAGGUGUGAUGACGCCUGCGCGCUUCAGAGACCACCUCCCGCACUUCCUAGACGAAGAAACAUUCCCGAACCUCAUCUAUCUUUGUAUCUCCAGGACAUGGAAUCCUCCCUCUUUGGCUGAAUACGGUAUCCCCAGUCUGCCGUACGACGAAGCCCAGCGAGAUCGUGAUAAAGUGGAAUGGAACGCCCGUCUCGUCACCGUGCUUCUCGAGAUGCGGAAUACACAGACGUGGCCGAAGGCGAGGGGGCCUGUUACGCUGGAGUUUCGGGUGGUGGCGAGUGAGGCGGAUGGGGGGAGGGUGCUUGCGAGGGAUUGGGUUGAGGCUUGGA